AUGUCCACGACUGCCACCGAACAGCAACCAGAAUCAUUCGAGCUCCCCCAACUGUCCAGCAUGGGCUUGUUUCGUUCACGGCAGGAAUAUCAGCCCAUCAGAGGCGACGCAGAAAGAGACGAUGAGAGUAUACAAGAUGGGCCGGAUGAGGAUAUCGUGGUAGAGUCGCCCUUUUCAUGGGUCGAAUACGCCAUCUUUGUCCUGCUGGGGAUAGCGAUGCUCUGGGCCUGGAACAUGUUUCUCGCCGCCGCACCCUAUUUCCAGCACCGUUUCCGGGGGAAUCAAUGGAUCUUGAACCAUUUCCAGGCCGCCGAGGUCUCGGUCUCGACAGUCACGAAUCUGGGUUCGAUGAUCGCGCUGACGAAACUGCAAAAGGGGGCAUCAUAUCCGAAGCGCAUAUCAUUAUCCCUCACGAUCAGCACCGCGGUGUUUGCUGUGCUGUCUCUAUCAACGCUGGUGCACACGUCCGCAGGCGUGUACUUUGGCUUUCUCCUGGUGGCCAUCUUCGCGGCGAGCUUCUCUACCGGCCUGCUACAGAAUGGCUUGUUCUCGUUCGCAUCAGGGUUUGGAAGAAGUGAAUACACACAGGGAAUCAUGACGGGCCAGGGCAUCGCUGGAGUGCUGCCACCCAUGGCCCAGAUCAUAUCAGUUUUGGUGGUCCCAGCCAAGAAGGACAACAAUGGUGCAGACACGGCCGAUGAAUCUCCCACCUCAGCCUUGGUCUAUUUCUUGACAGCCACUGCCAUCUCCGCCAUUGCUCUCUUGAAUUUCUUCUAUCUCUUGAAGAGAGAGGCGAGAAGUCGAGCACUCCAGGCGGCGGCGAAAUCCACAGCCGACGAGGCCUCUGAAGGUGACGCCUUGACGGGAAGCAUUGCGACGGCCACAGGUGAAGGUUCGGACGAGCCGAACAAGGAACGGCCUUCCGUGCCGCUGAGCACGCUGUUUCUUAGGAUGCCCUUCCUUGCGGCCGCAGUCUUCAUCUGUUUCGCCGUCACUAUGGUCUUCCCAAUCUUUACGGCGUCAAUCGAAUCGGUCAACAACAUCGAUUCGGCAAUAUUCAUCCCGACAGCGUUCCUGCUAUGGAAUAUAGGCGACCUGGCAGGUCGCCUGAUCACACUGUGGCCGAAGAUUUCCCUGACGCACUAUCCUUUCGCCCUGUUCUGCAUUGCGAUGGCACGACUGCUAUUCAUCCCGUUAUAUUUCCUCUGCAACAUCAAGAACAAGGGCGGUGUGGUGAGGAGUGAUUUCUUCUACUUGAUCAUUGUGCAAUUCCUCUUUGGUUUGUCCAACGGGUAUUUGGGUAGUGAGUGUAUGAUGGGAUCAGGUCAAUGGGUGCCCCCAGAGGAGAGGGAGGCGGCAGGUGGCUUCAUGGGAUUGAUGCUUGUCGGUGGCCUUACUGUGGGCAGCUUAUUGAGCUUUUUGCUCGGGGAUAUUUAG